AUGUGGCCUGAAACAGGAGUUACAGCAGAGUUCAAGUUCACAGCCUCCACACUGACGGUGACCUGGCUGGAAUUUGAUCCCAAGUCUCUGGAGGUUGAAACCAACGGGGUGGGAUGUGUGUCUGCGACUGUGCUAACUGAUGUGCGUCACAGUCAAAUUUGUGACCUUCUCUUGACUUGGUGGGCCGCGCCAUUGCAUCACACGAACUUCACCAAGCCCGGUGAGUCGGAUGCCAGCCGCUGUGACUCAGAGCAGAGCCUCCGGCGCCGCGGCUGCAGCUCCACGCGGAUCCACAACCCCAAGAAUAAUAUGCAUGUGAGGAAGAACCGGACUCUCAGCCACAGCAAUGGAUACACUGUGCAGCUGAUGCCUCAGCACCUCCACCUCAAGCUGCGGCCAGGUGACCCCAUGUCCUUCAAGGUCCAGUUCAAGCGUGCUGAAGGCUACCCCAUCGACCUCUACUACCUGAUGGACCUUUCAUACUCCAUGAAGGAUGACCUGGAGAAAAUCAAGAACCUUGGGCAGGAGAUCCUCAGUGCCUUAGAGACGGUCACUAAAUCUGUUCAGAUCGGUUUUGGUUCCUUUGUCGAUAAGACGGUGCUGCCUUACGUCAGUACGGUGAAAGCCAAACUCAAGAACCCCUGCCCCACACGACACACCACCUGCCAGGCACCAUUCAGUUUCCGAAACGUUCAACCACUGACCAGCAGAGUGGAGGAUUUCAAAAAGCAAGUCAGUGAGCAGAUGAUUUCGGGAAACCUGGACCCCCCGGAGGCCGGCUUUGAUGCUAUGAUGCAGGCGGCCGUUUGCACGGAGCAGAUUGGCUGGAGAAACGUGACGCGGCUCCUUGUGUACACCUCAGAUGAUACUUUCCACAUGGCGGGUGAUGGGCAACUUGGAGGAGUUUAUGUCCCCAAUGAUGGAGCCUGUCACCUGAGCCGUGAGGGCUUGUAUGAGAGCAGUACUAUCUACGAUUACCCUUCCGUUGGACAUAUCGCUCGGGUUCUCUCCCAGAAUAACAUCCAGCCCAUUUUUGCUGUGACGGAGAAGAGCGUCCCAACAUAUCAGGAACUCAGCAAACUAAUCCCGCAGUCAGUGGUUGGCGUUCUCCAAGAGGACUCCAGCAACGUCGUCCAACUGAUUUUUGAUGCCUACAAUAACUUGUCCUCCACUGUCUAUCUGGAGCACCAACAACUUCCUCCUGAGCUGCAGGUCACUUAUGACUCCUACUGUGGUGACAACAACAUUCUGCGGAAUCAAAAGAGGGGCGAGUGCACUGGAGUCAAGCUGAGCCAGGAGAUAAACUUCACUGUGACGGUGACAGUGACGGCCUGCUUUAAGGAAAGUAAACAUAUUAUCAUCAAGCCCCAAGGGAUCAACGAGGAGCUCCGUAUUGAAGUCAGCAGCCUGUGUGGGUGUAACUGCACGGAUUUAGAGGUCAACUCUCCUUAUUGCAGUGACGGCAAUGGAACCUUCCAGUGUGGGAUCUGCAGCUGCAAUAAAAACCGUCUGGGGCGGCUCUGCGAGUGUCUGCAGGAUACGGGCGAAGAUGAGACGAUGGAUCUGGAUGCCAGCUGCCGCAACGGGAGCAGCUUACUGUGCAACGGGCACGGCCGCUGUGAAUGCGGUCAGUGCGUGUGCAGUGGGAAACACCGAGGCCAGUACUGCGAGUGCGACGACAUGAGCUGCCCACGCUCCGAUGGCAAGCUCUGCGGGGGUAAUGGCCUGUGCGAUUGUGGGACCUGCAUAUGCAAUGAGAAUUUCACCGGCCCUGCCUGUGAGUGCGCUCUCUCCACAAAUGGCUGCCAGAAAGCCGACAAGACAUGCAGCAAUAACGGACGAUGUCGCUGUAAUCGCUGCGAGUGCAACAGUGGAUACCUGGGGAAGUUCUGUCAAGAGUGUACUUCCUGCAAUUGUGAAAAGUAUCAGGAAUGUGUGGAGUGCCAUAUUAGGAACAAAGGGGGUUCAAACCCUGAAUGCCGUGAGAAGUGUGUGAAGACUGGCGUGACAAAAGUGGUGGAAGACUCCAGUGACAAUGAAAAGGGUCAGCCCUGCCGCCUGAAGAAUAUAGACUACGACUUUUCUUUCAGCAUAAACAAUGAGGGAGAUGUCCUUAUUCAGUAUGCUAAGCGACAAGGUAUGGCUGAUCGAACGCUUGCUAUUGUGGGUGGCUCAUUAUCCGGAAUCGUGCUGAUUGGACUCGUCAUUAUCAUCAUUUAUCGCAUAUUCAUUGAAAUGUAUGACCGGCGAGAAUAUCGUCAGUUUGAGAAGGAGCGACAAAAAGCCAUCUGGAAUGAGGCCAACAAUCCACUUUUCAAAAGUGCAACAACUACAGUGAUCAAUCCUCGCUUUAUAAACGACUAAUUGAAAGGGGGAACCGCCUGCCGGCUCCACCAACGAGACCUCCUUGCACUUUUUAGAAACAUUUUGGAUGUCGACAAGGUUGUUUGCUCCUUCAUAGAUCCUGAAAUGUGUUGAAAGGAACAUCAGGUUGAAAUAAAAAGAUCACAGGGGCUACCAAAAAAACA